GCUUGCAGGGGACGGGGAGGGUAGAAGUUAAGAAGUCAGCUCUCUCUGCCAUUGUUCUUGUUCUGGAAGUCUGAGAACAGGACGGAGACUGCGCUGGUCGGGUACCGGACGGCGGUCUGUCGUUAUGACGGGCUCCGGUCCGAAGCUCGGGGUGCUUUUGCUGCUGGCGGUUCUGCUGCAGACUGUGGUCGUCACCAUCACCGUGCUGCACUUCACCACGGCUCUCAACUCGAUGAAGGAGACGUUCGCCAGGAGCAGUGUUUCCUGUCUGACGGGCGGCGAACUGAAGAGCAUCACGGCUGUUCGGGGGGAUCCGUGCUGGCAGGUCACUCAGCAGCUUCACCUGCUCAUUGAGAAGUCUCUGUCUCAGCGUUACCAGAAGCAGAUUUCGUCGGCAGUCAGAGAUGAAGUAUCUCGGGUGCUGCCCUCGCUUGUGAUGGUCGACAGGGCUUCGCCCCGCCCCAAAGUCGCGGCCCAUGUCACUGGCAGCUUCGUGCCCCAGCUGGAGCGAGAGGGAGGAGCUCCCGUCUCCGCUGGGCGUCGAGUUCAGGGCCAGAAGAUCUCAUGGUGGGAGGGGCAGAAGGGGCUGGCCUUCCUCCAGGACGUCCAGCUGGUGGACGGGGAGCUGGUGGUGCCGCAGCCCGGCCUCUACUACAUCUACGCCCAGACGUACUUCAGACACACCCACUCCCUGGAGGAGGAGGGCGAGGACGGCGAGGAGGCGGAGGACAGGGGCAGGCCACUGCUGCAGUACGUCUAUAAAAAGGUGAGCUCCUACCCGGUUCCCAUUCUGCUGAUGAAGACGAGCCGAACCUCCUGCUGGUCCCGGGGCUCCCAGUUUUCCCUGCACUCGGCCCACCAGGGGGGGCUGUUCCCGCUCAGCAACGGCGACCGCCUGUUCGUCACGGUGACCAACGCCUCUGCUGUGGACAUGGACGAGAAGAGCAGCUUCUUCGGGGCGUUUCUCAUCAGCUAGACGAUCGCAUGCAGGACUCGGGAAUCGACCAUCACGCUGUUUACGUUUGUGAUGGAUGCAUCUCGUCUCGUAAACAUGGCUGCAGCCUCUAGACUUCUCCUAUUAAUGAAAAAUACUGCAACAGCGAGUCACGGGGAAGGCGGUCCUUCUGUUUUUCAGGAUCACAAACCGAACAAAAUUUUGACAACACUGGUUUCAUGGGUGGAGAAGAGACUGUUAUGGAUUUGUGUGUGUGUGUGUGUGUGUGUGUGUGUGUGUGUGUGUGUGUGUGUGUGUGUGUGUGUGUGUGUGUGUGUGUGUGUGUGUGUGUGUGUGUGUGUGUGUGUGUGUGUGUGUGUGUGUGUGUGUGUGUGUGUGUGUGUGUGUGUGUGUGUGUGUGUGUGUGUGUGCUAAUCAAUCAGUGUAUUAAAGUUAAUAGGGCUUGGAUUUGACAGAGAUUAAAGUUUCUGUUGUAUGAACUUUUCUUUGAGGCAGAAUUCUACGUUUUUUAAAGUCUAAAGUGUGCAGAGCUAAGUGGUCUUGAACAGCUAAGAAAAAAACCUUAUUACAAAAUAUACAAAACAAUAUUCACUCUGUUUUAUGCUUUUGAGCUGACAUUCUGCACACAAAGGCUGAAUUCAGAUGUGAUUUGCCUGGGUAUAUUCUCGCCUGUCCUGUUCCUGGGAUUUUGGGGCUUUUUUUUUUUUUUUUUUAAACAGGGAAUCCUUGAAGCAGUUAGCCUAUACAACCUCAAGUUCUAGCGACCAUCAAGCUAUGUUCAUGGUCAAUAUGGUUUAUUGGUUUUCCAAAUGUUUGACUUUUUAUGUGAUUAGAAUCAGAAAUCAGAAAAUAAUUCAUUGCCGCAGUAGGUUACACCUACAUGGAAUUUGCCUUGGUAAAUGGUGCAUACGUCGACAAACAUUUAACAUUAAUAAGAAAUAAACAAUAAAUACAGAAAUGGAAACAGAAACAAAUAUAUACAAAGGUUUAGGUGAUGAUCUAACAAAGCUAGACUGUAUUUUCAAACUUUAAGUUUUGUUUUAGAUUCAAAGUACUUUAAAUUGCCUCUUAACUCAGCUCUCCAAUUCAAAAACUCAUCUUUAACCGCUCACAGAUUCUGCACAAAGGGGAGCUGUUCUUUUCUCAUUCUAGAAAAAGGAAAGUUGGUAGCAAUUCAGACCUUUGGCAAAACAUUACACUUGAUCCAUCUUAUUGAUUUUAUAGCAAAUGCUUUAAAACUGGGGUCUGCCUCUAAGAAUUGUUUGUGUAAAACUCUUAUCAGCUGAACAUUAGCGAUUAUCUGAGUCCCUGGAUGCGUGUUUGUGUAAAGAUGUAAAUAUUUUGCUAUAUUUUGUGUUUUUAUCUGGGUCUGUAGCUCUCAAUGAACUCCCGUCUUCAUUUUCCCUCAGCGAGAUGUUGAACUUCUGUUUACCGAUCAUGGGCUACUGCUUAACAUUACAAGCCUUUCAGACAGUUAGUUGACAGCUGUGUUGAAAUAUUAAGGGUGUAAGAUCGCCACCUUUUCUUUCACGAGUUUUACAGUGCUCAUUUUAAAACGCUGCUCCUCCACAAAUCUGGCUGUGUGCUUUGAUUUUGUUGGCAGCAGCGCCCGCAGUCUCUCGCUGUGCUGUUGGCUCGUUCAUCUUAAUCGUUCUCCAAACGGUGCAUUGAAAGCUUCCUAAGCGCUUGGUAUUCUCAGGCAUUCAUGUCGUGUUGGAUACGCUGCAGACUUGGAAAACCGUUUGUAAUGAACAGUGCAGCAAAUCCUCUGAUGCUAAAAGACAUGUAAACCAAAAUGAUCCUUUAUAUCUAAAGGAGAGCUGCAUGAAUCAAUGAACAGAACUGAUUGAAGGUUCAUUCAG